GAUGGCGAUACUCGCGAUAGCACUGCGGGCAAAGGAUGAGACAGAGAGAUCGCAUGUAAUUCGGGGGUCAUCUCCUCGCGCAAUCCCUACAUUCCUCCAUCUAGAUUUUCCAACAGGCCGACGCGAGAAGACACGUGCGUGAUCCGGAAAUGUAUCGAUUUCACAUCCGCAUCGCGAUGCUCCUGCGAGGGUAUUUGAUCGUACAUUCCGUCGUCGGUCCCGCGUGGCUGUUGGUUACGUGCGACACGAUCCCGAAAGAGCCGACCGUGCUGAUCGGCGUCCUAGUCAGGAAUAAGGCGCACACGUUGCCGUACUUCCUCAGUCUGCUGGAGCGGCAAGACUACCCGAAGAAGCGAAUAGGUCUUUGGAUACGCAGCGACAACAAUGUUGACAACUCGAUCAAGAUACUGAACAGGUGGAUCGGUUCGAGGAGCAAGAUGUAUCAUUCGCUGAACGUUCGCUUGAACGCGUCGUCGACCGGUUUCGAGGACGAGAGUUCGAUCGCAGAUUGGUCUCCUCGCAGAUUUGCGCACAUAAUAGAUUUGCGCGAGCAGGCGCUCGAUUACGCGAGAGAAAUAUGGGCGGAUUUUAUUUUGAUGCUGGAUGCCGACGUUUUUUUGACCAAUCCGAGUACUAUUCGCGAUUUGACACGUAAAGGGCACACCGUCGUUGCGCCCUUAUUAAAGUCGGACGGCAUGUACAGCAAUUUCUGGGCCGGAAUGACGGCGGAGUAUUACUACUUGCGAACGGAGCUCUACGAGCCGAUCUUAUUUCGCGAGAAAACUGGCUGCCAUAACGUGCCCAUGAUCCACAGCGCGGUUCUCAUAGAUCUGAGAAGAAGCUACUCAGAUCGUCUCACCUAUAAGGCCGAAAAAUUGACCCGUUACGACGGACCGGUGGACGAUAUCAUAACUUUCGCCAUAGGAGCAAAUAAAUCUGAUGUGUCAUUGUUUGUGUGCAACGACGAUAUCUACGGUUUCGUUAUGGUGCCUUUGGAGAAUGAUGAGACUAUCGCGGAGGAUAUGCAACGAUUGACUAAUACCAAGGUGGAAAUGUUGGCAUUCAGCGACCAUUUGCCGUUGUCGGAUGAUUUGAAAGACUUUGUGAUGUAUCCCGAGAAGGACACCCUGGGUCUGGAUCGCAUCUACAUGAUUAAUCUGUUAAGGAGACCGGUGAGACGUAAAAGGAUGCAGAGACUCUUCGACGAACUCGGCAUUCGAGCAGAGACUAUUGACGCUGUGGAUGGAAGGAUUUUAAACGAGAGUACUCUAAAGAAAUGGGGUGUAAUACCGAUGCCAGGAUACUCGGAUCCCUACCACAAAAGACCGAUGACGAUGGGCGAAAUUGGCUGCUUUCUCAGUCAUUACGUCGUAUGGCAAAAGGUGCUGGAGCAUGGCUACAAACGCGUUAUGGUGUUGGAGGAUGACGUUCGCUUCGAGCCAUUUUUUCGACAGAAAGUCGAUUACGUUUUGGCGGAGUUAUCUGAUCUUGGACUCGAGUGGGAUUUAAUAUAUAUGGGAAGGAAAAAAUUGAUGAAAUCAGAGAGUCCAGUGAAAGGAUCUAAGUUCCUGGUUCGAGCGGGAUACAGUUACUGGACUCUUGGUUACAUUUUAUCGGAGAGCGGAGCGAAGAAACUGAUCGGUGCUAUGCCUCUCGGGAAAUUAAUUCCCGUUGACGAAUUCCUCCCCAUUCUUUCGGACACGCAUCCUGAGGAACAGUGGGCGGCUGAAUUUCCUACUCGGGAUUUAAUUAUCUUGUCAACGAAUCCACUUUUAAUUUAUCCGACGCAUUAUACCGGCGAGGACGGGCACAUCAGCGACACGGAAGACUCGAAACUCUUUAUUACGCAGAGCAGCAUUUAUUUGAAGUUUACAACUUCAAAUUUACUGGAUCUUUUAAAGUCGAAAAUUUUUGAUAAAUUAUUCAAAUAUUUUGUCUAUCAUAUUUCGAUUACUAAUAUAUAGAGAUGUUAUCUCCAUUGAAGAAACAGUGGAAAAUAACGAUAUUAAGCUAUGCAGUAAAAAUAGAUAACUUUAUCGAAGCGUUCUUUAUCGCGGUCGUGUUUAACUGUCUCUCAUUGUCAGCUCAUUGACUCUCGUAAAUUACACUCUCAU